GGAAUCGUAAUAAGCGGCUGCAUCCAUGUUGUUUCUUACUUAAGUCUAAUGGGUGCGCGCGAUUAGGACACUCCAAUGGAUAAUGGCGAGCCUCUGCCAUCCUACGAAGGCAUCGCGGCGGCCUUCGCAAAAGCCAAAGCGGAAAAGGAGAAGCAAGAAGCUCAGGGUCUGAAGCCGACGACUGGAGACGCUGCGAAAGCGAACAAACAAGAAGAGGUCCACUUCAAAGCUGCCCACGGCAUAUUGGUCGCUUUCUUUACUUGGAUCUUCAUUCUCCACGCCCUCGGCAUUUACCUCUUCACGAGCGGUUUCCUCCUCACCAGACUAGUGCUCGAGCAGAAGUCGCACUGCUCAGUACCGCCCAUUGAUACCACGCGUUCGUACACAUCCGGAUCGCCCGAGACGGGGUGCUGGCAUCCCAAAAGUUUCGAGAAGGCCAUUGUCAUAAUUGUAGACGCCCUCCGCUAUGACUUUACGAUUCCCUUCCCUGCCGAAGGCUCCGAAAAGCCCCAUCACUUCCACAAUGCGGUACCGGUAUUUUACGAGACCGCGGUCAACCAGCCACACAACGCCUUUCUCCUCCCUUUCAUCGCCGAUCCUCCAACUACAACGUUACAAAGGUUGAAGGGACUCACGACCGGAACGCUACCUACGUUCGUAGAUGCCGGGUCGAACUUCGCGGGGACAGCGAUAGAUGAGGACAACUUGAUAGCGCAGCUGCGGAACGCUAGCAAGAGGAUAGUGCAUUUGGGCGACGAUACGUGGCAUGCCCUGUUCCCAGGCUACUUCGAGCCGAACCUCACACGCGCGUACGAUUCGUUUAAUGUUUGGGACCUACAUACCGUGGACAAUGGAGUCACGGACCAUAUGUUUCCGCUCAUGCAUUCCUCCAACACGAGCAAGUGGGAUGUCAUAUUUGGACACUACCUCGGAGUUGACCACGCGGGGCAUCGAUACGGACCAGAUCAUCCCGCUAUGACCGCGAAGCUCAACCAAAUGGACGAGAUCUUCCGCAGAAUGAUCGACCAGCUGGACGGCACUACUCUGCUUGUAGUUAUGGGUGAUCACGGAAUGGAUGCCAAAGGUGACCAUGGCGGAGAAUCGGACGAUGAGAUCCAAGCUGCGCUCUGGAUGUACUCGAAGCAGAAACUGUUCGGCCGUAGCUCACCGGCCUAUGUGACGCCUCCGGCCACAGCAAAGGAGAGGCCAGUUGCUCAGAUUGAUCUCGUGCCCACCUUAUCCCUCUUACUCGGAAUGCCUAUUCCGUUCAACAAUCUCGGGAAGCCCAUCGAAGAAGCGUUUAUUGGAGCUAAGGGCGAAGAUUAUGAGAAUCUCGCCAUCGUGAACCGUCUCACAACUGCUCAGAUCCAUCGCUACCAGCACGAAUACGCCCUUGCCCGUGGGAUCGAUGAGAGCACCAGGGCAGGCUCAUUGUCCCUCUGGUCUGCUGCGAACGAUGCGUGGAGCUCGCUCGAACGGAAGAAGAAGCCUAGCCGUGAUCAGUUUAGGGACGUCUACUCGGCCUUUUCCGCAUAUCAACAAGAGACACUAAGCAUAUGCCGCGCCUUGUGGGCAAGGUUCGACAUCCCGAGAAUGCUGAAUGGAGUCACUAUCCUUGUUCUGACAUUGAUCAUCCUGGCAGUCUACGCCCGCGGCUUGGAGGGAGAUCGAUCAGAGUUGACCCCCGCUCUCCUAGGGCGUGGAGGUUUUGGUACCGUCUUAGGUUGCGCUAUCGGCUUUGGGGCUACCUUUGCACUUCCUGAUGUCCCAAAGGAGCAUGUGUUCAUAUAUGCCGCAGCCAUUGGUGGUACGGUUGGUAUCGCCUCAGCCUUCUGGUACAUCAGGCGAAGGCUCGCUUCGCCAUUGCCAAACUCUAUUUGGGGUUGGGUAAGCGUUGUGUUCACGCUUGCACUAUCCGCCGGCUUUGCUGCAAAUUCAUUCACUAUCUGGGAGGAUGAGAUACUCCUCCAUUUCCUCUGUACCUUCGGUGCGCUCACCGCAAUAUCCUCGUUCCGACAGAAGAAGACGUCUGAUCGAGCGCUGGGAUGUUACCAUUCCAUUCUUUUCAUUGUCCUCACCCGGGUAGCAUCAUUCUCCCGACUCUGUCGCGAGGAGCAGAUGCCCUACUGCAAAUCGACCUACUACGCCUCCGCUACCUCAUCGACGUCUGCCCCGUGGCAACUAGCGAUACCAUACGUCGUUGCCCUACUCCUACCUAUCUUCAUUCGAGGCUACUACGAAGGUACUAUGUCCUACCAAGGUUCCGCGAUUCUGUGGCUCGGCUUUGCUCUUCGGUUUGGACUCCUGCUUGGCGCCGCGUACUGGACCCUUGAUGCUGCCGAUGACGGUGACUGGUAUCCAGGAUACGGAGAGAUGCUCAAGACGACUAAGAUCGUCAUCGCCCAGAUCGCGUUAGCCAUCGCUCUCGCUUUUGGAUACUCUACCUUCAAUUGGGCUAAGCCCCUCCUCAACAUCGAAACGAAGUCCACUGCCAAUGGAGACACCUCUGGGCAAAUCGUGGCUGACGGCGGCCGAACAUCGAUAACUAUCUUGGGCUACGCGAAUGUGCAUGGAUCCAGAUACGCACUCCUCAUCACAAUGUGGUGUCUCGCUAUCGCUCUAGUAGAGAAACCCAUGGGUGCCGGUGCCAUCGGUAUCGCGACCUGGCAGGUUUUUUCACUGCUCGAAAUCAUUGACACGAACAAGCUUUCCAACAGCUCUAUCGGGCCCGUUGUCCUCGGUCUCCUUGGCUCCUAUCAUUUCUUCAAGACAGGCCACCAAGCCACUCUCUCCAGCAUCCAGUGGGAAACCGCCUUCAUUCCCCUUCGGACAAUUCGGUACCCGUGGUCCCCUCUCCUCGUUAUCCUCAACACCUUCGGUGCGCAGAUCCUCUGCGCUGUCGCCGUCCCCGCACUCGUCCUUUGGAAGCAGCCGCCCAAGAAGAAAGGCUUGCUGGGAGACGUCGCGAAAGCUGUCGGAACGCACAUCCUCUUCUAUGCCGUCAUCAAUCUCGCGACAACCAUGUGGGCGGGACACUUAAGGCGGCACCUGAUGCUGUAUCGCAUCUUUAGCCCGAGGUUCAUGACGGGCGCUCUAGUGCUAUUGGUUGUAGAUGUGUUUUGUAUAUUUGUGGCUAUUGGUGGGACACGCAUGAGCUUUUUGAGUGUUGCAGAGGUUUUUGGGUGGACUUCGUGAUGGGAUGUGCUCAAAAUUUGGGCUAGACUUGCCCGAAGAGUGUAACUGAUACUGCAUGGUUGGUAUGGACUGGCAUCGCGCAAAGCCUAGCGAUUUUCUUUGGUAUAGAAUCGACUUCACUUUUGAACUUCUCCUUUACACCUGCCACCGCCUCUUCGAGCGGUUUCAUUUGGUUAGUUGAACGAUGUCCAGUAGUGUCUCG